UACGAGCUGGAGGUCGCCUCCGAUCUCGUCGCUCCUUCGGGCGCCGGCUGCUCCUUCGACCAGGUCGGGGGCCUCGAGGAGCAGGCUCGCCAGCUGCGGUCGGCGCUGCUGCUGCCGCUGCAGCAGCCGCGGCUCUUCGCUGCCUCCAAGCUGCUGCGGCCUCCAAAGGGCAUCCUGCUCCACGGCCCGCCCGGCACCGGCAAGACGAUGCUCGCGAGGGCCAUCGCGCAGGAGGCGGACUUCGCCUUCCUGUGCCUCAACCCGGCGCGGCUCUUCUCGAAGUGGUACGGCGAGUCAAACAAGCUGGCCGAGGCGUACUUCACGCUCGCGCACAAGCUCGCGCCCAGCAUCCUCUUCAUCGACGAGAUCGACUGCAUCUUUUCGCACGGCGGCAAGCGCGGCGCCUCGGAGCACGAGGCGACGGCGGCGCUGCGGGCCCAGUUCCUCGCGCUGUGGGACGGGAUGCUCUCGCCCGCGACUCGAGCGGCCGCCCAGGCACACGUGGUCGUCAUCGCCGCCACCAACCAGCCCUCGCUCGUCGACCCCGCGGUGCUGCGCCGGCUGCCACUCUCGCUCCCCGUCGCGAUGCCCGACGAGCGCGCGCGCGCCGAGGUGCUGCGCCGGCUGCUCGACGGCGAGGCGAUGGCGCGCGAGCUGGACGUGGCAGCCAUCGCCGCGAGGACGCACGGCUACUCCGGCUCGGACCUCGAGCAGCUCUGCCGCACGGCCGCACUGCGGCCUCUCGAGGAG